AUGAAGAACUGAGGAUCUGCACUCCUUCUCACCCCCUGCCUCUGGAGCUCCAGCAGAUGGAACAGGAGGAGACGACCUGUCGUUACUGCGGCGUGAGCUACCUGAUCCUGCACGAGUUCCAGCGGCUGCAGGAGCGCCUGAAGGAGGUGGAAAGAGAGCUGGAGAGAGAGCGAGGGAGUGUGGAGAGAGAGAGAGAGUGCAGAGAGCAGCUGCAGCGCUCACAGGUUCAGCGGGAGGAGCUCAGAGCAGCCAAUCAGCUUUACAAGGACAAAGUGAAGGCUCUGACGCUGCAGGUGUCUGAGGCGGACAGCAAGCUGGUGGACUUGAGGACGGAGAGCAAGAGGGCACGAGCGGAGCUGGAGAGCGAGCUUAAACACAGCCUGCAACUCAGGUCAGUGAGUGAGCGACAGCGUGUUCUCCUGUGUGAUGUUGGACCUGUGCUGCGUUGUGCUGCUGCAGAGCUGCGUGGUGUGAAACAGGAGCUCUGUCUGCUCUCACAGGACUGGAACACCACCACAGCACUGAUACUGCAGCACUGCUCUACUGCAUGGACCGAGCGUGUCUUUCUGCAGCAGGAAGCGAGCAGGGCCGAGCAGGAAGCGGCGAAGCUACAGCGGGAGGUCCGGGAGCUCCGGGAGCAUCUGCGUGCGAGUCAGCUGGAGACGCAGGCGCUAGAGAACCGCAUCCGGAACCAGGAGUUUCUCCAGAACCAGAACCAGCAGGGUGUGUCUGAUCGAAACCCCUUAACCCAACGUGUACCUGAUUAA